CCAUAGGGGAGAAACCGUACGAAUGUGAGUUCUGUGGACGCGUCUUCUCACAGAGUGCUAGCCGAAACACCCAUAAACGGCGCCACCAUGGUACACUGACAGACAGCAAGAUCUCACCCAUCCUAGAUGGCGAUAAUGAUGUUGUCAAUGAGAAGCUUGUGUCCAAGGGACGUGGUAGCAGUCAUACCAAUAAGAAGUCUCGGUUCAGUAUAGAACGUCUAAAAGAGGAUGCAGCCAAGAGUCCGAUAAGUGAUUCUAUAGCUGGCAUAGAUUCCAGUGAAGUCCCUUCUGUAGCAGCAACCUGCAGUAGUGAUCAAGAGUCUGAUGACAUCUCACUUUCCCAUUCACUCUUACCAGGACUUGGUCAGGAAGAUGCUUCUGUAGCAAGCUCACUGGAGAAGGCUGAUUCGCAGGACGAAUCAUCUACAGAGUUUGUUCUUACUCAGCACUCAAUCCACAGCAUGGUUAGUGGAUCACAUCGUCAUCACCAUGACAAUCAGGAUAGUCAAGAUAGCAGCCAUCAUCAUCAUCAUCAUCAUCACGAUCAUCACGAUCAUCACGAUCAUCAUCACAAUCAUCAUCAUAAUCAUCAUCAUAGGCAUCUUCAUCACCAUACCAACAGUCUCCAUGACCAUCGAGAAGUAUCAUCGGCAGAUGGGAUUGUUUAUAAUCAUAAUGCCAGCCAGUCGCUGCUCCAAUCAAACCUUGAUGAGGUGGGCCCUCACCUGAUGGGCGUGUCUGAUGAAUCAAACGUGAUGGGCGUGUCCGGCAGCCAUGUGAUGGGCGUACCCGACAGCCAUGUUAUGCAUGUUUCUAGUAGCCACUUAAUUGGGGUUUCAGACAGCCAUGUCAUGAGCGUGACUGACAGUCAUGAUGUGAUGGGGGUAUCGGGUAGUCAUGUGAUGGGUGUGUCAGAUAGGCAUGUUAUGGGCGUGUCAGAUAGUCAUGUCAUGGGCGUGUCUGAUAGUCAUGUCAUGGGCGUGUCAGAUAGUCAUGUCAUGGGCGUGUCAGAUAGUCAUGUCAUGGGCGUGUCUGAUAGUCAUGUCAUGGGUGUGUCAGAUAGUCAUGUCAUGGGUGUGUCAGAUAGUGACCAUGUGAUAGGAGUCUCUGAUGACCCCCCAUCAGUAAGUGAGGGCCUACAGUACCCUGAAGACAUAUGGGGUGGUCAAGAGCAUAUGAGUGAAAACAUUAUGGAAUGUUCUUGACGUAUGCCUGUAUCUAAUUGCCAUUCAUUUAUCAAAACUUAUUGAACAGUAACAUUUUGUACAGAUUUGUUAGUCAUUGAGUGCCACAUGAUUUUUACUCUGAGCUGGUACCUGACCUCUGAAGUAUUAAUUUUUGCAUAUACAUGUAGUUAGGAUCAAAAUGGAUGAGGUAAUGAUCAUGGGCUAGUAAUAAUUAUUUAUAUUUGAUAUAUGCCACACAGUGUUUGUACCUGUUACAACAUUGUUAGAGUGUAGCCUGAUAAGACUAUCAGCCUUUUCACACACAGCUAAAAUUCUAUAAACAUGAUUAGUUUAAAGGGCUUUAAACUUAUCAGCUGUACAUACGACAUCAUUCACACACAGAU